GAGGGCGCUUGUGUAUCGGUCGGUUGACUGAUUUUUGCUUUUUCCGAAACUGUCUCAGAAGUCCUUCAGUAAUUUUUUAGCUACCGAGAACGAUCCAAGCUGAAGAGUUCGGCUAGGACUUCACAAAUUUUUGCCGAAAAUGAUCACUCGUAGUCUUAGGAAAAAGUUAUCUCCAGCCAAAAGGGUUGCCCGAACCAAAGCUUCAGCGCCCAAAUCUCCGAAUUCUGCUCUACCCAAGCAGCCGUCGCCGCGUAGCAAGAAACGCGCCAAACGAAGUGUCAAAAUUCGUGGCGGGACCAGAUAUUCCUCUGCUUCGAUUACGAGUAGAAAAGCAUCGUUGGAGAGAAAUGCCAAAUCCUUUUCCUCAGAAAUGGUACAAUCUACAAGAGUCCUUAUUGAAUCUAAAAGCUUGGAGAGAACAUCAAAGAGUCAUUCUAAAGCUGCAGCAAAAAUGGAACCAGUGAAUGUUGUAGUCAGCACAAAUCAAGAUGAAAAAGAAAAUAGUCCUGAAAUACCUGUCUGCCAAAAUGGGGGUGACAUUGGUACAACAGCAGAUCUCUACUGCUCACAAGAGCUAGUUUAUGCAACAAACGCUGAAAAUGAUACAGAAGAUACUUUUCUGCUGUGCGAAGAAGUAAUGUCUACCAAAGAAGUAUUCAUCACUCAAGUCCAUGAAGCACCUGUUACUGAUGAGGUAACAUACAUCAGGCGAGAAGAACUUGAAGUAGAACCAUUUGAUCCGUUCUAUUUCAUUAAGCAUCUUCCGCCUUUGACCCCUCAAAUGCAAAGACAGUGUCCAGCUCUUCCAUUGAAAACAAGGAGCAGCCCAGCAUUUUCAUUGGUUUUAGAUCUUGAUGAAACACUAGUGCAUUGCAGUUUAGAAGAAUUGGAAGAUGCUGCUUUUACUUUUCCUGUUUUCUUCCAAGAUACGACAUACCAGGUGUUUGUACGAACGCGACCGCAUUUUCGAGAAUUUCUUGAAAGAGUGUCCCAAAUAUUCGAAGUCAUUUUGUUUACUGCGUCCAAAAAAGUUUACGCCGAUAAGCUACUGAACUUGUUGGAUCCACAACGUCGUUGGAUCAAGUACCGUCUAUUUCGAGAACACUGUGUUUGUGUUAAUGGUAAUUACAUUAAAGAUUUGACCAUUCUCGGAAGAGACUUAUCGCGCACAAUCAUCAUCGAUAACUCACCACAAGCAUUCGGAUACCAACUUGAAAAUGGUAUUCCAAUCGAAAGCUGGUUUGUGGAUCAGACAGACCAGGAAUUAAUGAAAUUACUUCCGUUCCUCGAAAACCUGGUUGAUAUGAAUAAAGACGUACGGCCGUACAUCCGUGAAAAGUAUAGACUCUUCUCCUAUCUGCCUCCUGAUUAAGCCAAAAGGCUCUAUGGCAAAUACUCAUACGUGCAAUCGACAUCCUCACGUUUUUUUGACGGACUGUCUGAUUACAUACCCUGACCUUCUUAUUCUUUAACUUGAGCAUUUAUCUCUGGCGGUGCAACUUUUUGUUGCCUUUUUCAAUGGUUUUCGGCUGUUAAUCUAGCCGUUAUUUUAUGUGUAAUAUUAUACACACACUAGAGACCAAAUUUAGCGAGUGUCGAGUACCUGGCCGUUCAUCGCCUAUUUUGAACCCCGGUUAUCUUUUCGUUCUUUUUUUUUUUUUUUCCUGCCUCGUUCAUCUACUGAUUAUGUUGUGUAUGUUGACUCAAGCGAAAAUGAAUGGUAUAACAAUUAAUAGACAGAAAUAACAGUGGUCA